UUUAAGUACAAAUCAUUGUUUCCUCUUGACUAGGGAAACUCUACCCAGCCGUUUGAAGGGCCCCGGAACAGAAAUAAUCCGGACUAUUAGCGACGCGCCCGAACCUUCAGGGCCUAAAAGGCAGCGGACAACUAUGCAACCUCAUUGGAGGUCACCACUUCCGGCGGGAAUUUCAAAAGGAAAGAGUGACCCAUAAGGAGCGCGAAUUCUCGUUAAGACUGGCAUCGAAAAGUAAAAUAUCUGCAGGUGAUGAACAUCUGAAGUAGUAAUAGGAAGUGCUGAAAAAUCUCAAAAAGUUGGAUAACUUCUGUUCAAAAGCAGCGUUUUGGUUUAAUGGUCCUGCGUCAGAACUGAAAAACAAGAGUAUUUUAGCUUCCAGAAAAGAUGGGAUUAGAAGGAAUGUCUGUAAUAGUUUGAAGACGCAAUUGUCAAGGAACCACAUGAAUGGGAAGAGAUCUUUUGUUGCUGCAUCAAUAUUGUGUCUUCAUGACACCUGUUUUCUGUACCCAGCGUGUCAGAAAUGUGGAUCUCGGUUAUUUAUUAAUCAUGGCAAAUUCCAGUGCCCAAAAAAAGAUUGUUUGUCAAUAGUGCAGAAUGUAAAUUACAGAUACAGACUUUCUGUAAAAGUUGCGGAAAAAUGUGAAAUAUUUAAUAUUACCGUCUUUGGAAGCUGUCUUGAACCUUAUUUUGGAGCAGCAGCAGGAUUUCUACACAGAUACUGUGAAGCUUUCAAGAAAGAUCUUCAAGAACCAGAGGAAGAGAGAGUUCAGGAUCUGUUGGUUCAAGCUGUGGAACACUGCUUUGUUGGGAGAAGUUUUAUAUUUGGAGUGAAGACAUCUAAAUCCCAAACCAGUGUACUGUCAUUUUCUCCAAGCACCUUGCAAUCUACCACCAGGAAAAAUAAAUGUAAAAAACACCUGAUAGCUUGCCAAAUUGCAGUGCCUAACACUACAGUCUAUGGCUGCACUGUAAUUAAUUAUUACAAGAAACUCUUGGAUUCAAUCCGUCCCAAAGAUUUGUCUUCCACUUCAGUACUAUCUGCUAGCCCAUUUAUUAGCAUUGACCAGUCUACUCCCAAGUUCAACAGUUUAUCCGGUUCCACACAGCUAACUGGUGCUAGUCAACUGACAAACCCUUGGCAGCAAGAUUUUGCACUAACUUUCUUCUCUGGUGAUUGUGCUACAGUUGAAGAGCUUUCGAUUGCAGGAACUAGCAGGGUUAGUUCGAAGAGGAGCAUCACCUCACUUGAACAUGAAGAGGGAACAACCUGUAGAAGGAAAUACAAAAAACAAAUCUUUGGAGCUUAUGCUGCUUCACUUUCUCUAAAUAGUAGUGACAGUAUUGGAUGCAAUUCAAAUACAAUUGGCAGCCUCCCAUCUUGUAGAGAAUCACAUAGGCUAACUGCAAAUGAAUGUACACAUCAAUAUUAUACCAGUUCUGAGUUAGCAGAGGACUGUCUGGAGACCAGUUUUGAUAACCAAAUACUUUGCUUACAGAAAUUAGAGGAUUCGAUGUCCAAUUGGAACGGCAAUGUAAUCUUGCCCUCUGACAAAAGUUGUCCACUGGAUUGUGAUGAUUCUUUAUUAUGGGAUGAACUGCCUUUUUCAGAAAGUUUAGGUGAAUUUAUAGCAAAAGUUGAAGCAGAUUUGGAGAGAUGUGAUAAAGAAAAUGCACCUACCAAGGUGAAUGAUGUUGCCAUCCAUUCCUGUUCUUUAAAUAAACUAGAAACUGAUAAACAUUCUGGAAUGCCAGGACAGCAGAGGAGAUCUGGAAAGAAUUCUACCAAAUUGCUGAAAGUUAGAAGAACUAAAAACAGAAGGAGCUCCAGUGGUGAUUCUCACGAUCUGAAUGAUACUAUAGACCACCUAGUUCUUGCAGAUGGUUUCAAAAAUGAUGUCACUGAGAUGCUGUUUUCUCCAGAAGCACCACUCCUCUGGACAAGGGAUGUUACUUGUGCUGCACAUAUUCCCAAUCCAGUGGUAACUGGAAAGAUUUGCACUGUUUUGUUAAGCCCUAUAAAUGUAAAUAACUGCAAAAAUUAUUCUGAUCAGAUAAUCCAGACAAAGGUGCAGAGCCAUCAAGACAACCAGGCAGGUGAAUGUGUAACUUUUCCAACUGGACAUGCAGUUAAGGGACAAGAUACAAGUAAUUCUUAUGCAGUAAGUAAUGCUGAUGUUCAAACACCAUUGACUUCUUCCAAGAGGUGGCUAACAAAAGGGGAAAACUUUUAUAGCCAAAUUCAAGAUCUAGAACACAACUCCAAUAAAUGUAACCAGGAACCUUUCUACAGAUCUUGGACACGAUCCAUCUUUAAAAAUGAAAAUAACUUAUUCCAAAAUUUGUGCACCAGCACUGAAGAAUACGAUGUUUCUAGAGAACUCUUCAGUGAUGUAGGAGGCUAUGAAGAGGAAACACCAUUAUGUUUCAAUAGAAACCCAAGUAUUUUAUCUCGGAAAUCUGUACCUAAACUAGGUAGUAAAACUGCCUGCAAGCCUAAUGACCAGCAGUGUAAUAUUUCCCUGUAUUUUUCAGAUACAGCCUCUGAUACGAUAAUAAACCAAGUCAACAAUAGUUCUCCAGAAAAUGAUUCACAGAAACUAAUUAAAUGCGACUUUCCAGAUUCACAAGACUAUAUUCCAUUUUCUCAGUCUACACCUAUUUCAAGAGUUAAGCAUUUCAAGUGUUUUGGGGUAGAUGAAAAAAAGGCUUUCAAAAUGUCACCCUAUGUUCAGCCCUGCCCAAAGGAAGCUAUUUUUGAACAGAAGCAAGUAGUUUUUUCAAAAAAUGAUUUUCAGCAGCAGUCACUGCAAAUUCCAAAAGUGUCUUUGAAUAACCAAGUCUCUAGUUCAUCAAAGUCUUCCUUGUUAGACAACAGACCAGUUAGCAAGUCCUUUGUAAAUGAUGCUGAUGAAUGGAUUCCGCCUUCAACAAUCAAAACACAACUAAUAUCUCGUUUUUCUUCAUAUGUCUCUGAUGUAUGCAGUUCACAAGGCUUUGAAUUAUUUAAAAAUGUGUCACACGCUAGUGCUGCUGCUAUGGAAACUAGUCACUCAAAAAUUACAACGGAGAGCAACAAAGGGAAAGACGGUAGCAAGCACUUCAGAGGCUACGUAUUUAUGAAAAGGACACCUGCAGGAAAUUGUACCACACCAUCAUUACAACGAAAAUUCAUCAAUUCAAAUGUUUCUCAAAAGAGAACAGAAAGACUGGGGCCACUUGUUUCAAAAAAAAUUCAGAUUGGGGAAGGUUUAAAAAUGAACAAAAGCAUGUCAACUACUUUUCACACACUUUUUGCAGAAAGUGAGGCAUUAGGUUGUUAUUCACCAGAACUAUUUGCAGCGAGCACAGAAUUUUUUGAAGAUGACAAAUCAUUUUAAAAGUUUUGGGCCAUUGCUGAACAAUAUAAUUUUUAAGGGAAGAUUAAUGAUGGCUUUAUUUUUUUAAAAUAAUACUGAAUUUGGAGGUGCAUUUCUGCUGUGUCUGAUUGCCUGAAACACAAAAGAGCUGCAAUAGAAUCUGGAGAUGUUUAUGAGCCAGGUGUGACCAGUACAGCAGAAAUUUGCCUUGUCUUUCCAGUUUUUAAUCUGUCCAUUAAUUCUAUUGUUAUUAAAAGAAAUCUAUAAAUUGGUGAGAUCUUAAGAAUUGCUUUUAUUUAUUUAUAUAUUGAAUGAGCUGCAAAAGAACACUUUCAUACACUUUCAUUAUUUACUUCAGGAUACUUGGAGGCACGU